AUAAUGAGAUGUCCUAAGACGUCUCGAGGAUCAACCAGGAAAUGGCUCAUUCCAUUGCAAAUACGUAAACACUCCGGAACUGUGAAGUGUGCUGUGUAUGCAUGAAUCACUCGCCGCGUCACGUUGGAGAUACGGUCACAUAUCCUGCAGCAUUUACAAGUUAAACAUGGAGAUGAACGAGUUCUGUGUGAGUCUCUACGCUUAUAAAGGAGAGGAACAAGAGGACGCAUUGACGUUUAAUCCAGGCGAGAAGAUCACGCUACUGGAGAAACCUGAUGGCGGAUGGUGGAGAGGAACCAAAGGCGGUAGUGUGAAUGGAUGGUUUCCUGCGUCAUAUGUCAAAAUUGAGACUCCUAGUCCUAUAAUUUCCCGUCAUUCGAAAACCGAUCUACCGAGUGAUUGGACAAUAUACCAAUCACCGGAAGGAAAACCUUAUUAUGUUCAUCAGGUGACGCGAGAAACCAGAUGGGAGCCGCCAGUCGAGAUGAUGCCAGACAUAACCAGGGAAACAGACGUAUGCAAUGAAAAUAAUGAACCAGACAAUAAACCACCACUGCCGUCCAAUCCAGAGGUCUCUCCACCUGCAUCUCCAGCACCAGCCCCGCCAGAAAAUUCAACAAAUCAAAACAAACCCAACACAGUCAUUAACAAACAGUUUAUUAUCAACAAUUUAACAUUUCCACAUCCAGACACGUUAAAAGACCAAAGUUUAUUGAAACCAGAUGAAUUCAGUUACUGUGACUAUUUUUGGGCUGAUAGAGAAGACCAAAGUGGGUUCAGUAUUCUACACAAUAAACACCAUCUUGGCAAAAUAGUAUCUAAAGAAAUGGCUGAGCUUUUCAAAGAAAGGGCUGCAAUUGAAGAAAUGUAUGCAAAAAGCUUACUAAAACUAUCACAAAGUCAGUUUGGAGCAAGGGAAGAAGGAACAGUGAAGGAAUCAUGGAAUAGAAUUAAACUAAGUCUGUCAGAAGAAGCUGAAAUACAUCGUCAGUUUGCUACAAAGUUAAGAGAAGAAGUAGAAAAACCAUUACUGGCAUAUAAAGAUGUACUUAAAAAAGAAAUGAAAAAGAUGGAACAACAAAUGACAGACGAGAGAAAGCAGUUAGCAAAUAAGAUGCAAGCAAUAGAAAAAUCAAAACAGAAAUUAGAAGACCGCAAAAAAGACCUUGAAAUAAAACAAUCUAGUCCAACAGCAACAAAGGCUGAAUUUGAAAAAGCUAAAAAGAAGACAGUCCAAUCAGGUGAUGAAUUAAGUAAAAACAUAGAUGCAUAUAACACAACCCAAGAUCAAUGGUUUCAAGAUAUGAUUACAUUCACUAUUGAAUUAGAAAAAAUUGAAGUAAAUAGGAUAAACAUGGUGAAGGCACAACAUGAAAAAUACUUCAACCUACGAAAUGACAGAGAUGCACUCAGUCAAAAGAUUCUUGAAGGUGUUAUUGGGAUGAUAAAUAAGAUAGAUUUCGUUAAAGACAGAGAGAGUUAUGUUAAGGCAUAUACAACAGGAUGUCUGCGUCCUGUCAAGUUAAAACUGACCUAAUGCUAGUAUAUCAUGAUUUGACUGGUGAAAAUUAACUACUGCAUACUAGAUGUUACCAGUAUUAUUGUUGUUGACUGCCAAGAAAUUCAACAUACCAUUUUGAAUAUUUUUUUUUUUUUUUUAAUUCAAACUCCAUUGUCUGCUGUACAAGAUGGAUGAGUGUAGCCCCAACUGUGAUGUCAUAGAUCAUUCCACUCCUGACCAAUCAUGUAGCAUCCAAUUGUGAUGUAAUAGAUCAUUUUAAUACUGUCCAAUCAUGUAGCCCCCAACCGUGAUGUCAUAGAUCAUUCCACUCCUGACCAAUCAUGUAGCGUCCAGCUGUGAUGUAAUAGAUCAUUUUAAUACUGUCCAAUCAUGUAGCCCCAACUGUGAUGUCAUAGAUCAUUCCACUCCUGACCAAUCAUGUAGCAUCCAAUUGUGAUGUAAUGGAUCAUUCCACUCCUGACCAAUCAUGUAGCAUCCAAUUGUGAUGUAAUAGAUCAUUUUAAUACUGUCCAAUCAUGUAGCCCCAACUGUGAUGUCAUAGAUCAUUCCACUCCUGACCAAUCAUGUAGCCCCCAACCGUGAUGUCAUAGAUCAUUCCACUCCUGACCAAUCAUGUAGCAUCCAAUUGUGAUGUAAUAGAUCAUUUUAAUACUGUCCAAUCAUGUAGCCCCCAACCGUGAUGUCAUAGAUCAUUCCACUCCUGACCAAUCAUGUAGCGUCCAGCUGUGAUGUCAUAGAUCAUUCCACUCCUGACCAAUCAUGUAGCGUCCAGCUGUGAUGUCAUAGAUCAUUUUAAUACUGACCAAUCAUUUAGCAUCCAACCGUGAUGUCAUAGAUCAUUCCAUUCCUGACCAAUUGUGUAGCGUCUAGCUGUGAUGUCAUAGAUCAUUUUAAUACUGACCAAUCAUUUAGCAUCCAACCGUGAUGUCAUAGAUCAUUCCAUUCCUGACCAAUUGUGUAGCAUCUAGCUGUGAUGUCAUAGAUCAUUUUAAUACUGACCAAUCAUUUAGCAUCCAACCGUGAUGUCAUAGAUCAUUUCACUCCUGACCAAUCGUGUAGCGUCUAGCUGUGAUGUCAUAGAUCAUUUUAAUACUGACCAAUCAUUUAGCAUCCAACCGUGAUGUCAUAGAUCAUUUCACUCCUGACCAAUCGUGUAGCGUCCAACUGUGAUGUCAUGAAUCAUUUUAAUACUGACCAAUUAUCAAGGUUUUGCCAGUAAUUAUGAUAUUCUAGAAUGUGAAAAAAAUAAGCAUUUACAAAUGAAAUAUUACAUGACAAAAAGUUUCAUGAAGGUCUUGGUAAUAUUUUUCAUCAUUAUUAUUUAUAUUUUUUCUUUUCCAUUUCAUCUAAUUUAACCUGUUUUUUUUCAAUCUUCAAAUGAGGGUUUUUCCCAUGAUUCGUCAGGAUUCAUGUCACAUGACUGCAUGGCUUUAAUCAAUCGUAGUUUGA